AUGUCGAAAGUUGCCACUGUAGCAUUGGCCCUCGGGUUCGUUUUUGUGGCAUUCUCCGGCCAAUGCUACGGGGCUUCACCACCACUUAAGGUUGGUUUCUACCAAGGAAAAUGCAAUGGUACGGUUGAUGUUGAGGUGAUUGUUGGUGGAGUUGUCAAAACAUGGUUCUCUAGCGAUUCUACAAUUACUCCUGCUCUACUAAGGAUGCAAUUCCAUGAUUGUUUUGUAACUGGUUGUGAUGCAUCUCUUCUUCUGGAUGGAAGCAACAGUGAGAAAACUGCAGUACCAAAUUUAAGUGUUAGGGGAUAUGGUCUUAUUGAUGCGGCAAAGGCAGCUGUUGAGGCAAUCUGCCCGGGUGUGGUCUCCUGUGCUGAUAUCAUUUCAAUGGCUACCAGAGAUGCUGUAUCCCUGAGUGGAGGAGGGCGAUACAUUGUGCACACUGGAAGGAGAGACGGGACAGUUUCGCUUGCAAAGAAUGUGAAUCUCCCAGCUCCUUCAAUAUCAGUCUCAAAUUCCAUCAUUGCAUUCUCCAAGAAAGGGCUUAGCGUAGUGGACAUGGUUUAUCUUCUUGGUGGCCAUACGGUGGGAGUUGCUCAUUGUUCCUUCUUCCAAGAUCGUCUGUACAAUUUCCAAAACAGUGGUAAACCUGAUAAUACCAUGAGCCCAUCGCUAUUAUUUUUCCUGAGAAUGAGAUGUCCUCAGAAUGCAACAAUUGAUAACACAGCUAAUCUUGAUCAGAACCCUUUGAGUUCGUCAAUUGUUGACAACUCUUAUUAUCAACAAAUAAUGUUGUUGCACAGAGGAGUUCUUCAAAUUGAUCAAGAAUUGGCACAGGAUCCAUCAACCAGGGACAUGGUAACUGCAAUAGCAAAGGGGGUCGAUUUUUCCACUAAGUUUGGCCAAGCCAUGAUUAAAUUGGGUGCUGUCCAAGUCCUCACAGGCACUCAAGGACAAAUUAGGAAGUCAUGCAGGGCAGUCAAUACGAUAUGA